AUGGACCGAUGUUCUUCCCAUGACCAUGUCACCCAAGAGAAGAGCCACCAGAGCGUGUCGUCCCCAGGUGAUGGGACAGACAAGGAGAAGAAGAAGGAGUCCCAACCCAUGGAAGAGGACAGGGUGAAGCUGGAAGGCCCAAGAGAGGAACCCCAGAACCCCAAGGUGGACAUGGACCAUGACGUUCAACAUCAGCCAGAUGAGAAGCGAGGUAGCCAAGUACCAAGAAGACCCCGAAAAUGCUCUUUCAAAGGGACGUACGCUGAAGACCUUCAAGAAGACUCAACCCAACCAAGGAGUAGGUCCAGAGGGAAGGUGUUCAAGUGUGCGGACUGCAAGAAGAUCUUCACCUGGGGGAGCAGCCUGACCCGGCACCGACGGAUUCACACGGGAGAAAAGCCCUUCAAGUGCUUGGAUUGCGGGAAGAGCUUCACGCAGAGCGUGGUCCUCCUGCGUCACUGGAGGACACACACCAAGGAGAAGCCCUUUCUCUGUACCACGUGCGGGAAACGCUUCUCCUGGCGCUCGGACCUCAUCACCCACCAACGCAUCCACACCGGAGAGAGACCGUACGCCUGCUCGCACUGCGAGAAGACCUUCCGGAAGAGGUCUCACCUCAUGAGGCAUCAGCAAGUCCUUCAUGAUGGCACCGAGAGCGCCCAGCCGGAACCAGGACAACCACCCCGGGUGCCGGAGGAGAAGUUGGAGAGCAAGAAAGAGCAGACACCGAUGAGACAAGGGGGUGGCGUGAAGGAUCCCCACGCAGCCACGAGCAAGCCGGUGGCCCGUGCCAAGCAGAAGACCCAUAAAUGCCCAGAGUGUGGGAAGACCUUCUGCUGGAGAAACAGCCUGAAACGCCACCAAAGAAAUCACACGGGGGAACGACCCUACAAGUGCCCAGAUUGCGGGAAGACCUUCAACGACUUCUCCAACCUCGUUUCCCACCAUAGGAUCCAUAAGGGAGAAAGACCGUACGAGUGCCCCGAGUGCGGGGAGUGCUUCACCCAGAACUCCAGCCUUUCCAGGCAUCGGAGGACCCACACCGGAGAAAAACCUUUUUCCUGCUCUGAUUGCGGGAAAUCCUUUACUCAGAAGCAAAAACUCAUCUUGCACCAGCGGAUCCACACCGGGGAGAUGCCGUACAGCUGCCAGCAAUGCCGGAAAACCUUUCGGAGCAGCUCCCACCUUGCCACGCACCAGCAGAUCCACGCUCAGGAGAGCUCCCACGCGUGCGUGGUCUGCGGGAAGUUAUUCAGCGUGGGCGCCGAGUGUCUUCUCCAUCAGAGGACCCACUUGGAGGAGGUGCCGGUGGGCCAGGGAGCUUCUCCAGGGGAUGUAAAGAAGGAGGAGAUUGACCAGGAGGUGCCUUGG